GCAAAGGUGUGUAUAAAUUCUGUUCAAAAUCGCCAUGUUGUAUUCAAGAGGUAGUAAUCAAACAACGAGUAUGUUGCCGCUGUUAUUAUUUAUCACAUGUGUUCACGUUGUUAAUUGUCAACGCUGUAAAAUCAUUUACGGCAGUUUCAAAACAGCCGAUUGUCGUAGACUUCAUUUAAGGGAAAUUCCACAAAACCUAUUGGAAGACAUUGAUGCAUUGGACCUUGGUGAAAACAGCUUUGUGACAAUUGCGAAUGAAUCUUUCAGUCGUUAUAGCAACUUAAAAGUUCUAAAACUAGAUACAUGCAACAUAAAAAGCGUAGAGUCAGAAGCAUUUAAGGGUUUGUGGAAGCUUGAAAUCUUAUCAUUGGCUAAUAAUUCUCUCAAUAUAUCAACCAAUGAUGGGUUAUUCAUUUUACGUAACAUACCAAACAUUAUUGACCUUGACUUUAGUUCAAAUAUGGAAAUGGCUGAUAAAACUGGACAUUUGUUGUAUCCAGGAGCGGCAUUUCAACACUUGAAAAGACUACAACACUUGACCAUUGAUCUCUACGGACAUCCUGUUUUUGGACCUGAAUUCAAACAUUUACCUUUAAAGUAUAUCAAGUUCAAGAGCUGUCAUCUUAAAAAUUUAAGAAAUGACACAUUCAAAAACUUUCCAGCUACUUUGUCAGAAAUUCAUUUUUCGAAAUGUCUUUCUAUCCAAACUUCCCAAAUCGGAGUUAAUGUAUUGCAACCGUUUAGCGCGCUUUCUAUUCUUGACUUGUCAUGGACUUGUGUUACUUUAACAAAAGGAUUGGAAUUAAUGUAUCCACUUGUAAACAGAAUAAUGCAUUUGGUAGAUCUAUCACACAUGCUUAAUCCAAGGACAAACAAAUUUGUUAUACCUAAUACCAUCAUCCUGACAGCGGAAAUGAUGAAACAUCUGAACACUAUGUGCAUUCAAAUUCUAAACUUGGCUGAUAACAACAUUGUAGAUAUUCUACCGCGCUCAUUGUUUGGAUCAGAACAUCUGGAAUGCCUUGAACAUCUCGAUUUAUCAGGCAAUCGCUUCGGACUUUCUUCUCUAAAAUUUGAACUACCGUUUAACACUCCUAAACUUUCAAAUCUUAGAGUUUUUGAUUUUUCAUACUUGGCGUUAACAUAUUUGGAUGCAGUUUACAUGCCAACAAAUACCAGUGCGGAUCAAUAUCACUCGCGUACCAAACAGAAAAGGAAACAUGACUAUUGUGAAGGUGAAACUUCCGUCAAUGUAACUAUUCCACCAAAACUCGAAGUAUUGCGUAUAACACAUGUUUUAGGUGCGCCUCCCUUUCCACAAUUAACGCUAAAUAACAUCACUAGUUUACGAUACUUAGAUAUGUCUUAUUACGAUAUCAAGUGCUUUCCUGACAUCUUUUUGUAUAAUCGAGACAUACGGUUGGAAUACUUAGACAUAUCAGGAAUUGAUUGUGAACAUUACUUCAAGAAGAAAAACCUACCUUACUUUCCUGUUCUUAAGGAACUGUACAUGAGGGAUGCACAUUUCUAUCGUGCUAUAGAUAAGAACAUAAAUAUAUUUAAAAAUACUCCAACUUUAGAGCGUUUGGAUUUAGAUUCAAACUAUAUGUUUACUUUGCCAUCAUCAUUCAUAAUGCAUUUGGACCAAUUAAUUCACUUACGACUUUCAGAAAAUCGCCUGAGUCAUAUUCCUACUGCCAUUACAUAUCUGACAAGACUUAAAACGCUAAAUUUGAAAGGGAACAGAAUAUUUACUCUCUACCCUGAGUUUACUUCAUGGCUUGAUGCGCAGCAAGUAAAACUUGGAUGUUUUUCACUGAAGAUACGAAAAAAUGAUUUUUCUUGUUCGUGUGAAAACAGAAAAUUUGUUCGAUGGUUGAAUAGUACGAUGGUACAUUUGGACAAUAAGACUUACUAUUGUCGAUUGAGCAAUGGAUCUUCAAGUAACACUAACACGGUUUUAAUGAAUUACCAUGAUAUAUUUAGUAAUUGCGAUGCUUUCGUCUGGUUACGAGUUGGUGUAAUACUUUUGGUCUCGUUUUUUAUUGUUCUUCUUCCUACUAUAGUAAUAUACAACUUCCGAUGGAGAAUUAUAUUUUUCUGCUACCGGAAGUUUCGAGGAAUUGUGGAGAACAGCUUGAAGUUAAAUUAUGAUUAUGACGUAUUUAUUUCUUACGGAUAUGAUGGAUACACAUGGGUUCUUGAGACUUUAAUGGAGCAACUGGAAACAAAAUGGGGUUUUCGCGUAUGUAUAGAAGAUAAAAAUUUCAUAAGUGGCAGAUCGACAUUUGAACAAAUAGGUAUUGCUAUAAACAGAAGUCGCCAAAUCAUUUUUGUCGUGACUUCCGAUUUUAUGUCUAAACCUUUUGCCGCGUAUGAAAUAGACCGGACAAAAGAAGCGAGAUCAUCACGUUCGCUACAGAAUAUAAUCGUUAUUGCCCUGGAUAUAAACAUUGAAGACAUACCACGAGAAUUACAGUCACUAUGGAGUGAUGUUGUUGUUAUUGAAUGGCCUCGACAUUCGGAUGAUGUUAAUUUGGCUUUAGACAAUUUGAAAACAAGACUUCUGCUGAAUUUUUGAGACACUCUUGAUGCAUGUUCACGUAUUUGGUUUAAAGGGACAGAAUGAGAAAUACUAAAUAAAUUGUAUUGUUCAUGUGUAAGCUGAUACAACAAAAUCAAAGUGUUUAAAUCUUAAAUUUUAACUGCAUGACAUUUAAACAGAGAGCAAUAAUG